GAAACCAUAAACUACUUUUCAUCGGUGGAGCUUAUGUGAUGCAUCGUCGGAAAGUACAUUAAUUCGAGCGACGUCCUAAUUGGUAUAAGCAUAAUUUGGACUUGGAGUGCGUUACGAGGCGACAUGAGAAGCGACGCCGAUAUCAUCAAGUAUCGAGAUAUGUUGACGAACAUUGGCAAAUACGCUAUUUCCAGUCGACUGGACGAUAUCAAGGAGGCGUUAAAUGCUAUCAGCGUCAAGAACGCUAUGCUCCGCUCUUCUAUCCAGACAGAUACCCCUUCUCUAGAAGCUGGUAAUACGCCGUCAGCUUCAGUCAGCGAGACUUUGGGUCAGCCCAUGCACGACCUAGCACCACCCGUGGAUGUCUCUGACGUUGACUCUGAAUCUAAGAAGAGACGUGUCGGAGAGUUAUAGAGCUAGCUCUAGUAACGAAAAGAUUAUUAGAUAU